CUAAUGUUUUUUUCGUAUAGAAAAUUAGUAAAAAAUUAUGGAAUCUAACGAAAAUGACGCUAGUGUCGAAAAAUCUAGCAUCUUUAUUAUUGAUGGUGAGGGAAAAGUUUCUCAUACAGAUGAAGGAAAUAGUAAGAGUUUCAUGGAGAAAUUAAAUCAGUUAGAACGAUCUCAUUCAAGUGACAGUGAGGAUCAUUCAAUAAAAGUAAGCGAGACACAAGAUGAUGCACCAGUGCAUCAAAGGAAGUUGUUUGGUCCUCCAAGUUGGAAUGCGGAGCAGUUAGCCACAGCAAUUAAAGCUGUAGUCCAAGAUGGGAUAAGUCUCACGACAGCUGCAAGAGAUAAUGGUAUUCCAAGGACAACUUUGGCUAAUAAGAUAUAUGGCAGGAAGAGGAGAAGAACUAAUGAUACUUCGGCUACCGUAACCUCGACAGCUUACCCCGCGGCAACUUACCGAAAUUCACCGGCGUCUCAUGAAGCCAACCUAUCGAGCGUGGUCGGUAAUGAAAACGAAAAGUUAUUAGCCGAUUUCUUAACGAGACAAAGACACGUUGAUUCGUACUCAAUGACGAGGGCUGUGUUUGAUCUUGCAAAAUAUUUUACACGCGAAAAAGGUGUGGUUGUAAGUGAUGACGAAGAAGUAAAAGAGUGGCUUCGGUGUUUCUUCCUGAAAUAUCCCACGGCUCGCUUCACUGUAUGGAACUCCGAAUCGGGCCGAAUGGAAAGCACGGAGGAGAGUCACUCAUUCGUAGAUUUCAUUUUCGAAACGUGUAAGAAGGAGAUAGCGGAAGAAGUGAAGAGAAAACUAUUCACUUUUGUGAAGAAAAAAGCGUUUCUAAAUAUCCAUUUAUUCUGGUGGUAUACGUUCUUGGUUAAAAACGCAAGAGUUAAAAGUUAUUUUAUGGAGUUCUUAAAAUGGCCGAAUUGCAUUAUGGAUGGUUGUCACAUGGAAUACCCCGAAGACGAAAUGAUCCACAAUGCUUUGACCAAUAUUUUGCUUAAUCGUAUGCCAGUUACUAGUCACCAGAGCUCUCAACGUCUAAAAAUGCUCGUGUCUGAUGUGAAAAGUGAAGCAUCUCCAACUCAGGUCAACCCCAGGCGAACAUACGACAUGUCCUACCAGAGAUUAGGUGAACAAAAAACACAUCGAUCGUCGCGCGAGUAUGUGACGGGUAGUGACGACACGGCAGAGUCGCACGACUCGAACAACAUCAGUUCAACAUCGACGCGAUCAUCCUCGUUUGGAAUCAUGAUCGCACAGGAAGGCUUGCAGGCAGUCGAACGAAAGCUGUCAGCCGAAGACGUGCGUUAUUUUCUGCAUCGAUAUGAGAAUCCACAGUUAGAGGAAGCGUUCCAAGUUUGGAAGAACUUAAAAAUGGCGGUCGAUAAGAAGGAUAACGAUAACGAUUCAACCUUUGCAUGAUUUAUCGAGUCUUUAUCGAUUUAUCGAUUUACUUUGUACUUUGGAGAAAGAACGAAAUCGGAUUGGCAAGAACAAUGCAAAAAUGUAAAGAAUGCCAUAUGUGUAUACGUGAGUUCAUAGUUAUCAUUUGGUUAAAUUGAAAACUUAUCGGACUGUUCCAUAAUUAUCGUAGUGCGAACUUCGUUUAUGCUUCCAGAUUAAAGUAUGAACCCAAAAAGUAGAGAAAGUGAAACUGACCUUUUUGUGCAAAAAGACUUAUAAAGCUAAACUGCUUAUGGCACACUAAAUGUAGGGAACUAUUUUUAAUUUCACAACGCUAUAUUUGCCGGAUUCGUACUAAUUUUGUGAACAUUUUAAUUUCCCGCAACGAGCUGAAGUGUAAUUUUACGCGUAUGAAUUUUUCUAAGCUCUGGACAUAAGCGUGCGCGAAUUAAUAUCAAGAAGAAUUGUUUUAAAUUUAGCUCGUCAUGUGCGUAAUAACUGCUAAUUUUCGCGCGCUUUUCGAUUUACACGGAUUCAUGAAAAUGAUUCCGAGUUAAGUGCGUUGGAAUUUCGCGUACUAACGCUAGCGUUAGAAUUUGUUUUAUUAACGACGGUUGUAACAGGUUGUAACAGGUUGCGAUAGAACAGGCAGAUUCCCUUUCGAUGAAGCGUGGACAAAAGACAUUUAAUUCUUCAUUUCCGUCAUUACUUCUUAGGACGACACAUAUUGUCGUCAAAUAAAGACUGUCAUAACGAUACUUUUUCAUUUUUUUCGCUAAGAAUAAAUUUAAACCAACACAGCUGAAAUUCAGCUUUUUUAGGCUAAGUUAAAAAAAAUGUGUAUUUAAAGAGUUAGACAUGCCUGUAUGUAGAUAGGGCGCUCUCAAACGGAUUGUAUUUAUACUAUUAAAAUAUAUUCAACUAAUUAGCUAUAAAACUUUGUAAAUGGUUUUAUUUAUUGUGAGAGCAAAAUUUUAACUGUAAAUAUAUAGAUUACGAUGCAA